AUGGAGGCUGAAGACGUUCUUUCGUCCUCCUCCCCGGCGGCGCCUUCUCGCUCGCCUGCUUCUCUGUCACCCACGCCUUCUGUCUCCUCCUCUCCGCCCGCGGCUUCGCGAGCGGCGUCAUCCUCGUCUCUCCAGUCUUCUGCGCUCGGCGCCGCGGCGUCGACUCUGCACCACUAUCCUUUCUCGUGCCCCCGAGCAAUGGGCCUUCCCGACUUCGGCGCGUGUGUGCCGCGGACAUCUUCUUCCUCGCUCCUUCACGCCUGGAUCGCCCAGGCUGGCGGCGUCUCUGCGAUCUCCCGCGAUCUCUCGCGCUCGGCGUCCGCCGUGGGCGGCCACAUCAACGGCUUAGACAUCGAAGAAGUGAUUUUCUGCUUGCUGAAUGCGCUCGAGGCCUCCUCCUCCGAGGCUGCGUCCAACGACCCGCUGAACGUCUUCGCGGGCCUCCCCUUUCCUCCCCUGCCCUAUGCUGCGCCUUCAGAAGGGGUGGAGAACGCCUCGGCCGACAGAGCCGCAAGCGGAGACCGUGAGUUGGGCGGCGCCGGCGGGCCUGCGCAUCCUCCGGAGGAGCAAAGGCUCCGCGACGCGCGGGAUCGAGACCUCGCUCUCGCCGCCGCGGCCGCCAGGUCUCACUCCUCGACGUGGCGGCGCGUGCCUUCGCCUGAGGCCAUGAGCUUGCUGGAGCUUCAGAGCGAAGCCGCGGUCGCCGAGACGCUCUGUGUGUUUGCCGAAAAACACAUGGCGCUGCUGAUGCUCUCCAUUCGAUCCUUCCUCGAGGUUCGCGUGACGGUUCAGGCGCACCAGCUGGCACUCUUCCGCCUCCUCCUCCGCGUCCUCGGCUUCUGGAUCUUCCAACUCGAGGCCGACGGCCGAGGCGACUUUCCGGGCUCUGCGCCCGCGCUCGUCGACGUGUCAGACUCCGGCGACGCUGGGCGCGCAGAGCAAGCGGUGCAGGCUGAGCGGCUUGACGCUGUGACGACGAGAGAAGGCCGAGAGAAGAAAGAGGACGUUGAACCCUGGGAGGAAGACUGGCUGAACUUCGCGCUGAGAGAGUAUCCACUGCUGAAGCCACUCGACGGCCGGAAACUCUGCCUCAGUGCCGCGAUGAGCAUGAUCGCGGCCGUUCACCCCACAACCGUCCUCCACAAACUCUCGAAAGAGCUCAGGCAAGCCCGCAAGAGUGCGGCGUAUCCCAAGGUGUCUGAACUCCUCGGUCUCUUCUGUCAGCUUGUGCCUCUGCUGCCCUCGCGCCUGGCUCUGUCUCCACCGAGCCGCGGGAUUUUGGUUUCUCUCCCGUCGCUCGCCUGCGGCUCCUUCUCGACUUCGCAACUACCCCGACCGCCUCCAGGCGCGUCUUCGGGCUCGUCGGCUGCGCUCUCGCGCCACUCUUCGCUCGGCAGCAGCCGCGCCUCGUCUCAGCGCAGUCUCGCCUCCGCGCCGCCGGCAGCGCCGGUUUCUGCUUCCGCACCGCCUCCUCCUCCUCCUCUUCCCCCUCUCCCGGUGCGUCUCAACCUGCGUCUCGCGGUGUGCAGCGCUCUCUCUUCGGUGAGCGCUUGCCUCGCGCUGACGUAUGAACAACGACUGCUCGCCGUCUCGCUCGUCGGGGCGGCGGGCGCCACGCGCCAAGCGCUCGCCGCGCUGCGGGCUCUCUCCUCUUCGCCCGCGGGCGCGCGGCUGCCUUGUCUGUUCGAAGUGCGUCGGCGCCGCGCACAGACCCGCGCCGCUCCACGCGCCUGCGGCGCCCUCAGACGCGAGGCCGAGACUGGCGGGCGACCCUACGGCGAGCUGGAAAGCGGGCACGGGGCGGUGCAGACGCGCGCGACGCCGUUCUCGGCGUCACGCUUCGCCGACGAGGCGCCCGCGAAGGAUCGCGCGCCGCCGUACGUCUUCCUGCGGCACCUGGUGAAGCCCGAAGGCGCCCUGACGGAAGACAGAGAGACGCCCGGCGCGCAAGCAGACUCCAGUCGGGGGAGCGCGGAGGACCCCAAGGCGGAAGGAACAGAGAGCGAGUCAGGCAGGAAUACAGGGAGGGCUGGGGAGUUGUCAGUCGCGGGCGGCCAUCCGCGAGGCGGGGCGGAUAAGGCGAUCGCGGCUGCUGUCGAGGUGUGGAAUAGUCUGCAAGAGACGCUGCUUCCCUACUUGCUUCUCUUGCCGGAUGAAGAGGAGGGCGGCGGCGAGGUCUCGGAAGAGCUGCACCCCCCCCCGGCCUCGCUCGCUGCUGUUCAGCAGGCGCUCUCAGCCGCCCUCCAUCUGGUGCACGUAGUCGCUGGCGAGCACCUCUCGGCCGCGGCGAUCUCCCCCGCCCCGCCUUCGCCCCCCCCCGCUUCCCCCUCCUCGCCUUCCCCCUCGCCUCCGCGCCCGUCGAUUCCGCGCUUCAGUCGUCAAAUGGAGACGCUCCUGCAGCUGCUCCUUCUUCAUCUUCUGUGCGCCGCGCGCGGGCGAUCGCUCGUGCGCGCUGUCCGCACGCAGGCGCGGCUCGCCCGCGAGCGCGAGAAGGAACGCAGGGAGGAGGGGAGAAAGAAGGAAGCGAAGGCUGGGCGGGCGGCGAAGCCCGCGGAGGAGAGAGCGGGCGCGGAGGCCCCUGGAGAGGCCUCCGACCCCGUCGGGGCGGAAACAGAGGAGGGCCUUGGGGGCGAGAGGCAAGGUGUUGGAGCUACGGAGCGAAGAAGGAAAGGAGGGAAGAAGUCCGCCGCGGAGGCAGAUGGGAAGGCCACGCUCGACUACGUGAAGUUCGGGCAGCUUGUGGAGAAGGCGCUCGACGAGGAAAUCCGCGUGUACGUGCAGGUGAUUGAGGGCGAGGGCGCCGAGGUGGAGGACGCGGAACCUUCCGCGCCUCCUCUCCCAGACCCACGCGACGUGCAGCUCCUCCUCAUGCUCCUGCUGCGCUGCAUGGCGCUUGAUUCGGACUGCCGCUCCGCGACGCGAUUCGCCCACCUUCGAGCUCUCGGCGCAGACGCGGCGCAGAAACCCGCGGACGAAGGAGCGGAAACUACGCUCGCAGAAGCAGCGGACGGCAGGCAUCAGAAUGAUAAAACAACUUCCGAGGCGUGCUCUUGGAACAGCCAACCGUUCGCCCGUCUUCUUCAGCGGCAAAUCUUCCGCAUCGUGGCGACCUCCACAGCUGUGAUGUCUGCGUUUCACUGGGAUUCCGUCUCGCAGUCUUCCCCCUCCCCGUCGUCCGCUCCUCUGUCUCCUGCCCUUCGGUCUUCAUCCUCUCCCGCGCUCUCUUCUUCUACGUCUCGCCCCUGCGCGGUGUCGUCCUGGUUUCCUUCUGCACCGCCUUCGUUCUUCUCGCGCGGCGCGUCGCUUCUCUCUCUGGCGCCGCUCGCGUUGUCUGCGGGCGAGCCGCUGCUGCUGGCGUGUCUGCUGAAUCCGCUGGCAUCGUCGCCGCCCGCAGAUCCGAGUGCGGCGCUCGCCGCGGAGUACUCCAACGCCUCUCUGUGGGCGCUGCUCACCUCCCGCGCUCACCACGCGCACGCACCGCCGGUUCCUUUGCUGGGCUCACCUUCGUCGAGGCCGAGUCGCGAAGGCCUCCCGUCGUCUCUCUCGUCGCUCUCCCCCUGUUCGUCCUCUGAUAAGACAUCCCCUUGCACUUCGUCGUCGCCCUCGUCUCCGGCCUCGGCGCCGUCCUCGCCGGCGCCCACGACUACCGUUUCCUCGGUUUUCUCGCCUCCGCUCUCCCCGCGAUCGCAAGGUGCAUCUGACGCGUCGGCGCCCGAAGACUUUGACGGCGCAGCCUGCAGGGCUGCGGCGGAGCGAGGCGAAAUCGCCGUCGCCCUCGCCCGCGCAGUCUGCUUCCUCGCGCGCUUCCAGCCCACGGCGGCGCCGCUCUUUGCCGCGCUUCUCGAUCUGCUUCGAAGAGCCGUGAAGUCGCGAGGAGGCGCGCAAAGCAAGUCCGAAGCGCAGGGCGAGCGAGAUAGCGCCCCUCGAGUCGCGCUACUCUGCAUGCUGACGCACUUUGUCGCUGUCCUGCCGCUUCGGCCUUCGUCUUCGUCGCUUCGCGUGCGCCACCUCAAGCUGUCGCUGGACGAUAGCACGCCGUCGCUGCUGGGUCGCCGCCAGAUGGCGGCUGCUUCGAGAAAGCGCGAGAGUCUCGUGUUGGCGUCUGCGGUCUCGCGGGGAGCGGCGCCGGGCUCAAGUCCCUUUCCGCCUCCCUCUCACUUGUCUUCCGCUCCCCCCUCGUCUGCGUCGCACACGCUUGCCUCCUCUUUUCGCGAGCUAUCGGCCUGUUCGCCGCCGCGCGGGCGACUGCCCCUGCAAGAGAGCGAGCGGCGGGCGCGCGCGGCGGGCCUUGGGUCGGCUGGCGGCGGCUCGACGGUACCGCGUUGGCGCAGCUUCGCCGCGCGGCUGGAACCGGUCUUUCUGCAGCAGCAGCAAGCUGUCUUGUCUGAAGGCCUGUUGCUGGUGCGGGAGUUGUGUUGCGUGUUGGCGGUCUACACGCUGCAGAGGGAGGCGGUGCGCUGCUACUCGCUGGCGUUCUCGCUGCUGCAGCUGCUGCGGCAGCUGGCGAGGAACCACUACUUCAGCCACUUUCAGCUCCUCGACGUCUUCCUCGAGCCGUCGCCGAUUCAGCCCACGCAGAGCCGCGAGACGCUGCUCGCCUCCGCCUUCUCGCUCUUGCUCAUCUUCGGCCGCGUCGGCGAAGAGGCCCUGGGCGAGCGCUCGUCGCUGCCGAACUUCCACGAGGCGCAUGGCAACGGGGACGAAGAGGACCCCAACCUCUUCGCGACCGACGGAGGUAAGGGGGCGGACACCGGCGCGCAGGCGAGCCGGCCGCAAGCGACGGCUGAGGCGCGUCGGGCGUUGCUGCGCAGGAAACAAGAAGACUUCAACGGCGCCUUCGCGCAGCACGUCAGCGUCAUGCGCCCGCCGUGGGACGCGAUCCUCGCGCUCGAUGAAGAAGACUCCUCCACGCCGCCCUCGGACCAGAGCGACCUCGGCGAUACCGACGACGAGGAGGGCGAGGCGCUGUGCGAAGCGACGGCGCGGAUCGCCGCCGCCGCAGAGGCAGACGCAGGGCAAGGCAGCGGGCAGGCGGUCGAGGAGACGCACGAGAAAGCCUCGCGCGGCAGAGCGAACGGCGAAGGCGGCUUCCUCGCUGGCGCGCGUUCGAUUCUCUUUCGAGGCACUGCGCUGGCAUCCGAGGAGACGCCGCUCGAGGGGCGAGCGGACGCGCCCGCGAGCGAGACUCGGGGCUCUGGCGGCGAGCCGCAGGCGAGCGCCGCGGAAGGCGCAGAAGGAAGGGCCGCACCCGGCGGAGACGGCGCCUACACCAUUGGAGGCUUCUUCUUCGGGGCGGGAGGCGCAGCUGCAGAAACGCAGACUGCCCUCGUGCUGCCCACGAUCGCCGUCACGAGCCCGCCGCGCGACCUCUCGCCGAAGAAGGCGAGGGGUGCAGGCGCGCGCGAGGCGCCUCGCGCGCCCUCGGCGCUGUCCCCUCUCGCGGCGACGGCCGGGGGGGAGAAUCUGCCUGCGGCCUCCGCGGCCUCGGACGCGCAGGCGCCGCUGUCCGACGGCCUUCCCCCGUCCGCGGCGCGUGGCGGGUCCCCGAGCGCGGCGCUGCUCGCCCUCGCCGACCCGCCGCUGCCGUCGUCGUGUUCGCUCGCGGUGCCGGCGCGCGAGCGCAGCCACGCCAACGAGGAAGGCUUUGCGUCGCUCGCCUGCGUCCGCCGCACCUGGUGCGGCGCGCCGCCCGUGGAGCUCUCCUGUCUCCUUCUCUUCGGCCUGCGUCUCCUCGCCCUGCGGCCUGGAGGAGACGCGGGGCCCGGCCUGGGCGAGACCGACGACGAGGCGGAGGCCGGCGAGCCACACGCGCCUCCUGCGCCGAGGGUGUCCGAUGCAGAGGAGGAGAGAAACGAAGAGAGACAGGCGCGCAGAGAGCGGCGACUCAGACAGGCCGCCGCGCGCCUCAUCCAGAAAGACCUCUGCCGCCGCGUGCCAGGUCUGCUCUUCCCCCUUCUGCUGGAUGCGCUGCAGCAGCCGCGCCUGGAUCGCGCGCUGCCGGCGGUGCUUCUCUCGCUGGCGGCGCUCGCGCGUUCUCACGCACCGAAGCUGUCGCGGAGCUCGAGUCGCCUCGCAGCCGGCAGCUAUUUGCGCGAGUCUUCGCUGCGGAACGGGACCUCGCUGGCUGCCCUUCCGCCGGCGCAGUCGGCGGCCUCCGACGACGCGCCGGAGCGUCUCCCCUCGCGCGCGCAGCUUCAGCGGCGAGUCUCGCCCGGCCUCGCGGCCUCCACGUCCGCGGGGUGCCUCGCGCUCCUGUCUGACGCUGUGUUCCUGCGUAGACAGACCGACACGCUCGCGUGGCUGCUGUUUUACGCGGGCGCAGAUCCUCGGCGCAUGCCCGGCCUGGCUCGCUGCGCCCUCGAGGCUCUCAAAGCGCUGCGCGUCUUCCUCUUUCUGCCUCCGAAGGCGCCCUGGCCUUCCGCCUCGUGCUUCACCUCCUGCGCAGCCUCGCCGUCGCCCCUCUCGUCGCCGGGCGCGGGUUGCCAGGGGGGGCAGCCGGCCGCCUGCCCGCCGCUCGCGCUUAACCGCGGGGAGCUUCUCGCGCCCGUGCCGGCCUGCGGCUCGGGGGCUCAUGCAGAUCACGACUUGGACGGCCUUCUCUGCGCCCUCGACGAGGAGAGAGAGAAGCCAAAGAACCCAGACGCCCCAGCGGAGCACGAGGCAGAUGCCUCCGCGGGCAACGCGCCCCGGGCAGCGGCGCCGGCGGACUCGCCGUCGCGGCUGCCGGGGGGGGUGCCGUCGCUGCGCGAGUUCUUCCUCCUGCACUGUCUCCGCUCGCUGUUCACGGUUGCCGCCGCGCUGCGCGACCUGGCCUCUCUCCACGCAGACCGCGCGGGCGAGAGUGUCUCCGGAGGGGCCGGGGCGCAAGGCGCGAGCUCGACUGGCGCGGGGCGCGGCGAGGAGGCUGAGGGCGAGGGCGAGCCGACGCCGUCCUUCGUCGCGCUGUUGCCGCGCGCGAUUGCUCGCUACGACAUUCUGCUGCUCCACCUGGCGGCCGUCUGCGCCAGAGAGCUCGCGUCCUCCUCCGUCCGGGCUGCGUUCCUUCGCGCGCUGCUUGGGCGUGCAGUCGGCUCCGGCGUCCUGCCCGAGUUUGCCGCGCCGGUCGGGGGAGGGGGGCGGGCGGACGGCGGCGACAGCCAGCCCGCGGAGGGCGAGGGCGCGGGGGCGGACGCGGGCGGCGGGGCGGCCUGGAGUGCGCCUCCCACGUGGGCGCGGCUUCUCGACGACAAGAAGGCCCGCCAGGACGCGGUGAGCAGGUACGGCAGCUGCCGCUUGGGCGAGGCGGUGCGCUCUGGCCUCAUGAAGCAGGAGGCUUUGACAGACGGUCUGCUGCUUCUCACGCGGGCGGUGCCCGCUCUGUCGCAGGCGCUGCGGUCGCUGCCGCUCCUCGGCGCCCCUGUGCGGAGGAACCACCACGCUCCUGCUGCGCACGACGCCGCGGGCCUCGGGGGCGGAGGACUCGGCGGCGCCCCGCCGCCGACCCCCUCGUCUGCCUACGCGCAGCAGGAUCGGAACCUCGCGAGUCUUCUUCUGUCGCCCGCGCCCUCUCCGUACGCCGCCGCGCUCGGUGCCUCCAAGGGCGGAGGCAAGGAGGACGCCGCCGGGAAGGGCGCGCUGGCACUGACGCGUCCUCUGCGGCCCUCGGCCUCGAAGCGGCUCUGGAAGCGCUUCCUGCUCGCCGCGUCGGGCUCCGCAGCCGACGACCGGCUCGCGCUGCUUACGCAGGACGCGGCGGGCGCGACGUUUUGCUGGCUAGCCUCGUCGGCGGGCGCCACGUGGCUGCAGACGCAUCUCGCGCUCCCCACCGCGAGCUCGCUCGCCGCGAUGUUCGCCGCAGACAGCCGCGCUGCCGCGACCCGGGUCGUGGCGGGGCCGUUCGGGGGGCCGGCGCCGAGGGGCGACGUCGGCGGGGGCUCUGCCGUCUCGUCUCCGCGCUCCUGCAUCUCUGCAGGGUCGUCUGCCUCGCCAGCGACCUCGCCGCGGAAGGACGCGAGGCUGCGCCGCAGCCCGCCGCUGCCGCGCGCGCCGCAGGAGGCGGGGGCGGCCGCCGCUCCGCAGCUGACGAGCCAGCAGUCGUCGCUGUCGGCGAAGAGCAACGGUCUGCGCCGGAAUUCUUCGCAGUCGAUGAAGCGCGAGCUCGCCGAGUCGCCGCCGUCGCCCAGGGCGCCCCCGGCUCACGUGCUGCUGCCGCUGGCCUCCGCGACCUCCAUUGUGGCGCUGCGAGGCGUCGCAGAUGCGAGCGGGGUCGGCGCCGAAGAGGUGGAGCGAGACGAUGACGCGAGCUGCCCAGUCUUUCCAGUCACGGGCGACACAGCGCUGUAUCUGGUCGUGGCGCGGGCGCUGGCCAUCGUCGCGAGCAGCGCGUCGGCCUUCAGCUUCGUCGUGCGCUUCCUCGAGCGCGUCGAGGAAGAAGGGGGCAAGCAGCGGCCGAUGCUGAUGAGCUCGCUCGCGUUCUUUGGCAAGUCCGCAGCGCAGGUCAAAGCUGAGAAGCUCAAAAACCUCCUCACCGUCUGCCGCGGCGUGUGCGCCGCGAACGCGCCCGCCUCGUGCUUCUCGCUCUCCCUCCUCUUUUGCACUGCGCGCGACGGGCACCAGCUGCUGCUCGCCCAGGAGCAGAAGAAGGCCCGAGAGGAGGCGAAGCGCGCCGUCCUCGCCAGGGACGCCCUCGCGGAAUCGAUUCCGCCCAAGACAACGCCGAGCGCGAGGGACGCACAAGGCGGCUUUGCGUCUGCUUGGCAGGGCUUCGCGGCCAUCUGGGGCGGCGGCAACGCGCCGGUCUCGAAGAUGGAAGAGGCGGAAGUCGCGGAGGCGCAGACCGAGGCGAGCGCGUGCGCAGACGGAGCCCCUCAGCAGAAAGGCGAGGCCCCUAGCCCCUCCAGCCCUAAAGAGAAGGCCGGCGGUGAGGAAGACGAGGCGCCGGAGGAGAGCGAGCAGGCGCUGCCGCAGGCCGUUAGAGAGGCGAAAGCCGCGGAAGCGGCGAUGCGGAAGCAAUCUGGCAAAGGCGCCCAGCAGAACGGGCCCCGCGGGGGGAGAGGGAGAGGCCGCGACAUGCGAGAGGGCUCGCUGACUCAUCGCGUGCACCAGCUGUUUGCAGACAGGGGCGGAGAUGCGACGUACUUUAGUCUGAAGAAAGAAGGCGACGCCUUUUUCUUCUCGCGAACCGCGUCAAACAUCUUCAAGUCGCCGCACAGCUCCGCGCUCUUGCCGAUGUUCACGGGGCUCAAGCAGGAGACGGAAAUCGACUUGGCGGAGGCUGUCCAGGAGCUCAAGGAAGAAGUGACGGCGCUGCUAACGGCCAUCGCGCGAACAGAGGAAGACGACGGCGCCGAGGACGUGCUGCCUGGCGGAGUGUGGAAAACGGUCGGAAGGGACCCGGAGGGGGGAGAGGCGGGAGCCCUCGAGCUAGAGGCCUCUGCAGACACUCCGGCGGUCGACGCGGAGCGAUUUCCCUCACGCGCGCUGGCGGUUUCAGACGCCGAGAAGCAGGGAGCGAGGAACGGCGAGCAAGCGAAUCGCGGACGUCAGGGCCGCCGCGUGCGCGUUCUCCGAAUCCAAGAGAAGCGCCGCCUCGCAAACAGCCGCGCGUCCUUUCUCUCGCUGCUGCGUCUCCUCUUGCCGCUCCACAGGAGCUUGUCUGCCUCUGAGGAGCUCGAAGUCGCGCUCGCCUUCGUCGCCGUGCGCGCGGCCGCGGGCGCGCGCGGCUUCACAGACUUCUCGGUCUUCAGGCAUGACGACGAUGGGCGAGUCGUGGAGGACGGCGGGUCGCUGACCUUUCGCUCUGCGUCCUCCUCGGCGUCUCCACUGCCGCGGGGCUACCACCGCGAAGACGCGAGCGCGGCGGCGUUUGGCGCCUCACCCGCAAAGGGCAAGGAAGGUCUCGGCUGGGGCGUGUUCCUGCUGCCGGCGACCUUUUCCCUCGUGGAGGCAUCUGAAGACGACGGCUUUGACGCGGACGCCGUGACGGAGUCCGCGGGCGGGCGGUGGCGCGCAGACCGCGAAGCGACGCCGAGUGCGGAUUUGGCGGAGACACUCGAUGCGGUGCAGACAGCAGAGGCGGCGGCGAGAGAGGCGAGCGGAACGAAGCGCCCUGAAGGCGAAGGCGGCGAGGCCGCGGAGGGGCCUGAGCGCGCGGCGAGCACCAACGACGGAGCUGGCGCGCUCGCGGGCGCGGGCUCUUCGGCCGCGCUGGCGCAUGUCUUCUCGUCUGGUGACCGCCUGCUGCCCUCUGUGGACCAGAUUCUGCGGCGCGCGCCGCUGAUGGACGCCUACACGCGCUUCGCCGAGCUGACGAUUCUCGCACUCCUCGCCUUCGUCGCGGAGCCCACGACCGGCGCGCUGCCGCCGCCGCCUCUGCGCCUGCGCGCCGGCGAAGUGAAGGCCGCAGGCAGCGCCUGGUGCGUGCGGCGGCACCAAACUCCUGCAGCGAACGAUCCGCUGUUGCCGCUGGCGACGUUGCUGCGCCAGCGAGGCUACGCGAUCGUCCGCCUCCCGCUGGACGCCUCUGGCAUUUGCAAGCCGCUGCGGGCGGCGCUGCUGCCUGCGCUGCGUUGCAUCGCGGCGCUGCUCGUCUGCGGGCUGCCGCUUGGAUCGCCCUCUUCGGCCUCGUUCGCGGUGCUGGAUGUGGAAGAAGGCGCCCGCGGCGGCGCAGCAGAGAGGCGCCGCGGGGGCCAUGAGGAAAGCAGCGAGUCGCACGCUCUCUUCCCCUGCGACGGGGCCGUCGCCUCGCUGGUGCUGCUCCACGUCUUGCAUCUCAUCAAAGGACUGGUUCCUCGCGUCGUCUCUUCGGCCCUCGGGCAGCUCAAGCUCCGGCGUCCUGCGGCCUUCUGCUGCGUGCGGCCGCGGGCGCCGUCCUCGCGGCUCUUUGCUUCGCCUGCCGCCUCCGCCUUCGCGCUCCACGCCUCCUCGCGCGCCUCCUCGCCUGCGGCGGCCGGCAGCCCCCGCGGGCCUUUAGAAGUCGCCGCAGCGGAGUCUGCGGCCGACCCGCCGAGCAUCGCCUCCAGGAUGCUGGCGAUCGCGAGGGCGGAGCCGGACGCGCGGGGAGGCCACAGAAGCCGCUACGCCGCGUCUGCUGCCUGGGGCUUCGACGGCGCCGUGGCGUCCUCCGCGCAGCCGAGCCGCGAGCAGGGCGGGCGCCAAGCGGCGCUCGGAAUCGGAGACAGAUACACGAUGCCCCUCGAGCCCGGAGACCGCGGCGAAGCUUUCUAUUCUUCUCCCUUUCGAGGCCUCGCAGGCUGUGGGGACGGCGGCAUGCAGGUGACGUCGGUGUGGGCUGCGGGGCCUGCGUCUCCACCGCUCCUAUGCGCAUUCGACUUGCCCGAGAGCAGAGACUUUGGUGCGGCCGGCGCCUCCAGUUUGACGCAGGAGACGUCAGCGAUGGCGGAAGAUACGCUCUCGCUCAAGAAACUCGCUCAACAAGCGGGCGAGACGCACGCGCGAAUCGACCGCGCGGUGAACAAGGUGGUGCUUGGGGUGUACGUACAGAAGAAAGAGUGGCGAACUGUGGCCGUUCUGUUCAAGAGCAUCCGCUUCCGCCUGGCGGGACUGCCGAAUCCAUUUUUGCGUUGGAAGGGGCUGCGUCUCUUCUACCAACUUGCUCUCCGCUGCUCCUCCUUCUCGCUUCCUCCUCACUUUGCGUCGCGUCUCUUCGGCGCGGCGCAGCACGCUGCCUCAGGCUUCGCUUCCUCGCUGGUUCAUGACGGCAUCUGUGCGCUUUGCAACAAGUCCUCGCGCGGCCAUUUCUCGUCUUCGCCGUCUUUCGGCUGCUCGUCUCCUCUCUCCUUCUCGUCGUCCGCCUCGUCUUCCUCUUCUUCUUCCACUCUCGCGCUUGGGUCGGGCGCCCUGCCUCCGUCGGGCGCAUGGCUCCACUGCCUGCUUCUCGUGCUUCCUCACUUGGGCGACGCCGUCGCCGAAAACCGCGCACUGGCCUUUUCGGUCCUCCGCGAGCUGCUGCUGCGGUGUGCGGACACCGCGCAUCUCCUCCAGCUUCUGGAGCUUCCUGACGCCUACUUCGCGCCGGGAGGCCUUUCGCCUCACAAGCGCGCGGCUCUUUCUGACUUUUCUGAGGGAGAGGAGCUCGCCUCUGAUCGCAGCGAACCAAUAAGUGCUGCGCGGCUGCCGUCGCCAGGAGGUGCGCGCGAGAAGCGGCCCGAGCGCGCGGCGCCAGCGCCCUGCGGGCGGGGCAUGGAUGCGGCGAGUCAGGACGUGGCACAGACCGACACCGAGAGUGCAGUUUCCUCGUCGUCGUCUUCGCGAGCGUCGCCGAAUCUGCGAAUGGGAACUUCGCGGGCCACCGAGAGUUCGCUUCUCCGCGCGUGCUGGGGCGGCGAAGAAGACGCGGAGGCCGAGCGCGCGGCGCAGGAGGCGCGCAGCGCCGCAGCGUGCGGAGACUUGCUCUAUCUUCUUCUCAGCUCCAUCGUCCACGCAGACUGGCAUCUCUCGCGCGGGAUGCUGUCCUUUUUUCUGCUGCCUCUCGCGGAGGACGACGUCGGAACGGCGGCGCUCGUCGCCAUGCGUUUUUGUCUCUUCUUGCUUCUGCAGCAGCGCAUCAGCCUCGCGUCGUCGCAGGCCUCGUCGUCGAGUUCGCGUCUUCCCUCGCGCACGGAGGCGUGUCUCCCCUCCUCGGCCUUGCCGAGCCAUCCCCCAACCGCCCGCUUCGACCGCGCUGACAGCGCCGUCUGGGGCUCCUCCACGAGCCCGCAGGCGCGCGGGCCCCCCGCCAGGGGCGAGGCGAACGCGAGGGGGGAGGGCGAGUCGGCGGAGGCCGCCGGUGGCGACGCAGGAGAGGAUUCGCCGCAGCCAGCAGACGCCGCAGGGGUGGGGGUCGGGGGAGCGCCUUCGGUCGCAGAGAGCAGCGCGUCAAGAAAACGGAGCAUGUCAUCGUCCUCUCUCUGCCCGCGGCGAGACGAAGCGCUCCCCGCCGGAGGGCGCGAGGCCCCGACAACAGGGCUGCGGGCUCAGCUGCAGCCGCAGACCGAUCACGAAAUCGUCUCCUGUUUCUUCUUCUCGCCCGUGCCUCUCGCCGACGUCCCACCGGCGAAGGAGCGGCGCGGAGACAGGCAGGCGAGGCUCUUCGCCGCCGCGGUCCUCGGCAUCCUCAACCGGAGGCGCGAGCGCCUCUGCCUGGAAGCCGAAAGGUACUUCCGCGACCUGCGCCAGAAACAGGCUGCCUCCCCAGACUCUGCUUCUUCGAGCUCGACUUCCUCGCCUGCGGGCGCGUCGCCUCGGCGCAGCCCGACGAUCUCCGCGCAGCGGCCGCCUCUUCCAGACGUGCGCGCCGUUGACGCGUCUCUCCCGAGGACGGCCUUCCGCGCGCCGAGGGAUGGAGGCCCAACACGGGCGCCGAGUGUCCUCUCGGCGUCCACGGCCGCGCCACCCUUUGCGUCUCUCUGUUUUUCGUCGGCGCUGCCUCCGUCGCACGCGGCCUCGCUGGCGUGCCUGCCGCCCCUCUUCUUCCCCUUCACAGAGCCUGGCGCCGCGCAGGCGUGCAGCGAGUCUCUGUUGUCCGCAGCUCUCGCCUCGGCGGUAGGCGGCGUGGCGCUGUGCCGGUUUGGUCAGGGCGGACACGCCGCGGCGUACGCCGAAACGCUCUCCACUGAGCCGCUCGUGCAGCUGACCGCUCUGCGCUGCGUGCGGGAGCUCGCGAGCGCCUCGGGGACCUCGCUGUUUUCCGUCUUGGCCGUCCUCGUCGAGAACUCGUUUGCGCUCACUGAGCAGAAGCCGAGCGAGCUGGGCGGUCUCCUCGCCGAGGGGCUGCGCGGGGAGGCGGGUGCGGAGACGGAGCCGUUGAGGGCAGCGAAGCCUGAGGGCGCCGCGCGCCUCGGCUCGGCGGCCCCCGCCUCUGGCGCGAGAGACGAAGCGGAGGCGAAGAAGCUGCAGAAAGUCGCGAGCAGCCCGCCGGGCGCAUGCUGCCUCGCGUCGCUCUUCGAUUACGAAACCAAGGCGGCGGCGGCGCCCGCCACGCGCAUGGCGACCUGCGUGAAGGGGUGCGUCCACAGCAUUCUGGUCGGUUUGUUUGCCGAAGACCGCGCCCUAGUCAAGCGGCUGCUGCGCGCCUUCACCGACAUCCUGAACAACGCGCCAUGCACAAUUUCUUUCCCCGCGUCCUGCAUCCUCUCCCCGAGUGCGGACACUCUGCGGGAGCUGCGGCGCAGACCGCACGGCGCGAGGAGUUCGCCGGGAACCGGCGACGCGCUCCGCAGGAGGAUGCGAGAGGAAAGAGAGGACGGGCUUCGCGAGCGCCUCCGCUUCCUCAACCCCUCGACCCACCAAGUCACGCUCCUUCUCCUUCUUCUCGUCUCUGUGAGAAGCCAGUUACCUUCGGCCUCGGCGCUCAACCUGCCGCGGGCGACUCGCACCAAGCUACAGGAAAACAGGAUGGCGCGAAGCGCCACGCAGACGACGAGCCGUGAAGCUACCUCGCUGCCCGCGCCGGCCUCCCCGCCCCUGCCGCCCUCGCCUGCGGAAGUCUCGCUUUCGCUGUCGUUUCCCUUCGCCUCUGGCGAGGGCGCGGCGUUGAUGACUCGCGCAGUCGCGCGGCAUUUGCCGCAGCUGUUUGCGACGGCGCUUCUCAGACUCGGCGCCUGUUACGAGCUCUCGGCGUCUCCGCGCCUGCCGCCGGCUGCGCCUGGCGCGCCGCGCGAACUCCACGUCUCGCUCGCGGCGCUCUUCGCGCCGGAGGAGGAGGAGGCGGCGCGCGAUGAGCCUGUCGACGGCGCCGCGGCCGCGGCGCCGGACGUGCCGAGCAGCGUGGCGGAGCCCGGCGAAGCGGACGAGGAAGACAAAGAGGACGACGACGCGGAAGCGGACGACGACGCGGAAGCGGACGACGACGCGGAAGGGGACGACGAGGCGGAAGGGGACGAAGGCCAGUCCAUUCGGCUGUACGCGAGCCCACGCAGCGGCUCCUUCGACGCCUUUUCGCUCUCGCCUCCGCUCUUCACCGGCAACGACCGCGCACUGCCGCCUCGCGCGCAGACCGCUGCGAGGGCGACGCCUGGCAGCGGAGACGAGGCGAGCCUCUCCGACGCCGAGCGACGGCGCCACGGCCGAAGGGAGGCAGACAGGCCGGAGGCUGCGGAGCGCUGCGGGGCUGCGCGCAGUGGAAGGCGUGAGCGAGGCGACAGGCGCGACGAAGGCCGCAGCGGCGUCAUCGCGGUCUCCAUCAUCGCUAGGCAGGAGGCCGUCGACGUCGCGGUGAUGCUCAUCCGCGCGCUUGCAGAGACGGCAAAAGAGACAGAGCUCCUCGUCCUCCUAAACAAAGCACGAGUCUUCGAGAGACUGAAAGAGGAAGAUGCCUACCUCGGCGCAGUCAAAGACGCGAUGACGAUUUUCCUCUGUGUGCGGCCCUGCGCGGCCAGCGCGGUCCUGUCGUUCGUCGUCCCCUUCUGCGAGCGUUCGGCGAAGACUCAGGUGCUGGUCGCGUGCGAGCUGAUCUCCGCAGUCUCCUCCUUUCUGCUUUUCUCGUCGCCUCGCGCCUCACAGGCCUCCGCGUCAGGUGUGGCGACCGCCAGCGCAGACGGCGCACUCUUGGCGAUGCCUUCCGCACUCUCUGCAGGAGGGCUGCCGCUACUCGGAGCAGAGGCAUGUGGGCUCGACUGCGCGUCGCCGCGCUCCGCGUGUGCGACUCUGUCCGCGGCGCCGCGGCCGCCUUCCGCACCGGUCGCCGCGGCGUUGCUGUCGCAGCUGACUGAAGCCGUGCUCCACGCGCUGGAUCGAACGAGCUACCUUCCCGCGCUGGUCGCGGACAGUCUGCGACGCGCCGCGGUGAACGCGACGCGGGAGAAAAGUGCGUCGUCGCCCGCGGCCUCGGCGGCCUUUUCAGCACCAGCGCACCCCUGGUUUUUCUUCGGCAGGUCGUCGCACGCAGUCGCGGAGACGGAGGCCGAGAGCGAGGAGGAACGGCGAGAGCGGGCGCUGCAGUGGAGCCACAUCCUGCAGAAGAAGAUCCUGAUGAACAUCGCGACGUGGCACGGCGAAGAGGGCGACCUUCUGCGAGACCAGAAGCGGGUGGAGGAGGCGGACCUCCCGCCCCAAGGCAGCGUCCUGCAUGCGCUGGCGACGCUCUUCCUCGCCCUCACGGCCCUGACCGGCCUGUGGGCUGCAAGCGUCGCCGAGCGCCGCCGAGAGAGGGACGGCACACCCCGCGACGCAGACAGAGACGAAGUCGAAGCAGAGAGACAGGGGCAGGAGGGGGGGACAAAGGCAGGCCACAUGUUCGGCUCCGAAGCGACUGCCCUCGAGAUCCUCGAGACACUCGAAACGGGCCUCUGCCUCGCACCUUUCCUGUCUCUGGGCCUCGGCGCGGCCGCGCCCGACGCGCCGGCUUCGGGCGCGGACCUGGAGACGCUGGACGUGACGCGGGCGGUGCAGCUCGUAGCGAAAGUCUGUCUAGCGUGUGUCUCUGCGUGCGCGGCUUUGUGCCAAGUGUCGCCGAGUUACUGGCCGUCACCGCGCUGUGCAGAGCGGCUUCUUUGCGUCCUCAACCGGUCUCUGCUUCUGCGCCCUCACGUGCUCACGCCUCUCCUCCUGCACUCCACGAGCUCUCGUCUGCGCUGCGCGACCCUCGGCCUGCUCUCGACGGUUCUGCUGUAUGGGCAGCAAUUUAGUCCGCCGCUCUCUUUGCGCUGGUCUGCGAGCUCAUCGUCGGCGAUUUCCUCGUCUUCCUCGCCGUCGCCUUCCGCCGCAUCUCCCCCGGCGUCGCCGGCCUUCGUCUCACCGCCUCGCGGGCACGAGAGCGCCGCGUCGAGCGCGUUUUCUGCUUCGGCGGAGGGCGCGGCCGCGCAGAAGGCUCGCAAAGGGGCGCCGUGGACAGGGGAGGGCUCCGCAGAAGCACUGGAGCCCGACGCCCUCGACGAAUUGCUGGUCUGUGUGACAGUUCACCUCGUCUCCGAGGACAGCGGCACCGUCGCCGCGGCGGCGACGCUGCUGGACAAGGCACUCUUCCCGCUGCUCCUUGCAGGGUGCAAAGAUGAGGCGGAGGCGGAGGCGGAGGCAGACGUGAGCCGCGCCCGCGAGAUGCUCACCGCGUGCCUGGCGCGACUCGGCUUUUCGCCGGCGGUCUGCGCGCAGGCGGAGCCAGAAGCCGCAGGCAGGCUACCGCCGGCGCGCGGCGACGGAGGCGCCACAGAAGACGCCUUCGGCGAGGCACGCGCGUGUGCAGCCGAGAAGGGCGGCGACGCGCGCGGCGUCCUUUCGGCGGCGCUCCCCCAGCGCCGAGUUCACGCCGUGGCGCCGCUGCUCCGCGCGCACGCAGUUCAGCGCCUUCUGCUGGAGCUCCUGCCGCUCCUCCUGCGCAGCGAAGGGCGGUCGCGGCUCUCGAGUGCGGCGGCGGCGUCGCCGCGACGCGUCUCGCGCCUCUCAUCCACGUCUUCCUCGCACUCAAAGUCCACCUCGGCGACGCGCUCGCCGACGGCAGUCUCGGCGGAGGAGCCGUCCUCCCACGAGACGCGCGCCUCCCGCCGCGGAAGCGCGACUGGCCGCGACGGCCGCAGGCAGCCGUCGCGGCUCUCGAGUAGGGGUCCGGAGUUCCGGCUCUUGGGGACGAGCGUGGAAGUGGGCUUCGCGCCGGGGUCGCCGUCCUCCGGCGCGAAGACGCGGCGGAGGAAGGGAGAUGCGCCGGCGGACAAGGCGGGCGAUGCGGCGUUGAGCACGGCGGCUGGGGCGCCCUCGGCCUUCACGCUGCACGCGAGUCCGCGCUGGCUGACUCGACUGUUUGCGCUGCUGCUCAAGGCACGCGCAUACUUCCCGCCGGAGGCCUGGGCGGUGCGCGUGGAGCCUGAGGCACAUCUGCUGGAUGCGCAGCGGCGCCGCAGGGAGAAGCUCGUUCGGAGGCGCCUCGAAAUGGUGCUGUACGGACACCCCGACGCGGCGCUGGCGGCGUCCAAGGCGGCCGCGCACGUGCUGGCGGCGAAGAAGCGCGGCGAGUACUUCUUCGAGUCGCAGAAGCUCCCCGCGGGGCUGUCCUCCGUCUUCGGCGGCGGCCCAGAAGACACCACCGAGGGCCUCGAAGCCUCCGCGGGGAACCUGCUCAAGAACUUCACCUCCUACUUCCGCAUCGGCGGCGACGCCACGGCGGCGCGCCGCGCCGCACUCCAAGCCGCCGGCGCCAGACUCGCGGCAAAAGGAAACGCGCGAGCACUCCGCGGCGACGCCGCAGCCGCAGCUGGGUGCGAAGACCUGGCGGAGGAGGGAGGAAGAGAAGACGAGGAAGACAAAGCGGCAGACGAAGACGACGUCGGAGAGUCCGAAACCGACGUCGCAGAGGACGCCAGCUCCGAAGACGACGACGACUUGCCGGUCAGCGCGGAGCUCCGUCGCUGGCGAUUCAUGGAGGACUACCUCCGCGAGGAGGGCCUGCCGACGUCGCGUCUUCUCCUCGGCGUCUCGCCGCUGACGGUAACUGAUUUCCUCCUCUCCGAAGACCCGCUGACGACCCUCGCGUCCCGGACGUCGGGCGGCUCGAGCUCCAGUGUCUCUGCGCCGGUCGGGGCCGUGUGCGUGGAGGAGACAGCGGGCGCCGGCGCGGCGGGCGCCGGCGAGCGCGCUCCACAGGGCGAGGCAGAGGAGGCGAGGACGCCGUGGGGGCGCGCGGGCGGGAGGCCGAUUCACGUCGCAGCCUCUCUGCGGGCGACACAGGGCGAAGAAAGCCCUGCGGCGGUGGCGUAUCAGGCGGAAGUCUUCCUCGGCGGCAGCGCCUGCGCACUCGCGCUCGUCCGCGCGAUCGCCGCGGUCCUUGAAAGCGUGCCGGAGGCCACGCGCCUGCGCGUCAAGGACCUCCUCAGGCUUGAGGCCCUCGCCGUCGCCGCAACCAGACAAAUCUGCGCUCUGCUGCCGGCUCCAGCGGCGCGCUCUCCCCUGACUGAGGGAGGUUUGAGGACGCAGAGUUCGGCGGUCGGUGGCGCCGUCGACGAGACAGAAGAGACGAGCUCGCUGCAGUUUCAGAAGGCCGCCGCGAUCUCGCUGGGUGCGCUGGCGCUGCUUCAGCCUUCACUCCACUCCGAAGACGCCUGA